CUCUCCCCCCUCCCGCGCUUUGUUGAAGUGGUAGAGGCCGCUGUCGCUCGGAGUCUUGCCAGCCGCCGCCCUCGCCCCGCUCUCUCGCCUCCGCCGUCCCGCCUUCCCUGGGGGGCCGGUGGAGCUGGUGUGUAUGAGUGAUUUAUAACCGCGACCCCGCGAUGUCCACGCCCGCCCGGAGGCGCCUCAUGCGGGAUUUCAAGAGGCUUCAGGAGGACCCCCCGGCGGGAGUCAGCGGGGCUCCCUCGGAGAACAACAUCAUGGUGUGGAACGCGGUCAUUUUCGGGCCUGAGGGAACCCCAUUUGAAGAUGGAACUUUCAAGCUUACCAUAGAAUUCACAGAAGAAUAUCCAAACAAGCCACCUACUGUUAGAUUUGUGUCUAAAAUGUUUCAUCCAAAUGUCUAUGCAGAUGGUAGUAUAUGUCUGGAUAUUCUUCAGAACCGUUGGAGUCCUACCUAUGAUGUGUCAUCCAUCUUAACAUCCAUACAGUCUUUACUGGAUGAGCCUAAUCCAAACAGUCCAGCAAACAGCCAGGCAGCUCAACUAUACCAAGAGAAUAAGCGGGAAUAUGAAAAACGGGUUUCUGCAAUAGUAGAACAAAGUUGGCGUGACUGUUGACCCUGGAUGAUGCAAAUGAACACUCUGAUGAGGAAAAUAUAUGUAUGAAGUGUCUGAGUCAUCCUCCUCCUCCUCCUCCUAGCAUCACUGCAUUUACUUUGAAAAGCAAAAUAGCUGUUGUGCUGUUGCCACCCACCCUUGCUGAAGCUUCUUUCUCCUUGGACAUCAGAAAGCACCCCCCCUCCCCUCCCUCUUGAGGUCAAAUGUACUGUACUUGGGUUACUUGUGAAAGAAUUACUUAAGGCUGAAUUCCACUGUCUGUGAUCUACCAUCUCCAGUCUUAGGGCAGCAUUGUGCAUUUCUGUAGUGGACACUAAGCUUUUAAGUGUAAUUGUGUUAUACACAGUGAUGCUUACGUGUAGCUUGAUUU